AUGGCUUUCUCCAUCCUCACGCUCGUUCUCAUUGCAUCUACCCUCCGACUCACAGCACUCGUCUCCGCCAACACCGACCUCGCCCACGCCGAUCGAACUAGGAGACCACAACCCAUACCGCAAGCCCAUCAGAUGAUGAAGGGUCCGUCUACCCGCUCCUGCCCUCAUGUCGACAAAGAAGGCUACAGUCUGGACUUCCAGUCCGAGGACACCAAAUCGAUGCGAUGCGUGUACAAAAGUCCAGUCGACGAUGAGAAGGAGGCGUAUUGCUUAUAUGACAAGGAUUCGGGUGCCCUGACGCUGGACCACCACAAUGACAAAUGCCCCGCCGCCGCCGUUGGAUAUCGCUAUUUGAACAAGCCGGACCGUCGUCGCAGCCGCAUUCCUAUUCCACAUUCGCCGCGACACCCGUCAGCCGUCUGCGCCUCGUGUGAUGGGAUGAAGCUAAGGCAAGCGCUUGGGGAAAGAAAGCAUGCAUGAUGUUUGAACAUGUUCAUUGACUUGGCGUUUCCCAUUUACUCGCUUACUCCUGCCUGGUCUUUUUUUUUUUCUGCCCCGGUGUCUCUUAUUCAUUCAUUUACCUUUCUUUACCGCGUAUUCGAUUCUAUCUCCGCACGGAAGACCUUUGUUUAUCACCAUGAUGCUUGGAAGAAUUGUUGCCAGAGAUCCGUCUCUCUCGAGUACUAUUAGAUAAGACGUCACGAUUCUACCUGCUGUAUAUAUUGACCCGGGGACAGCGACCAUAGAUAGCCGAAAUUUGGUGCGAGGUUCUUCGGCGCUUUGAUUUACUCG